GAAACCGGUUUGGUUUUUAGAAAGCAACCUCCCAGUGAAUUAAAUUAUGAGAAAACAAGUUUGUACUUCUUUAGUUCAGUCAAAUUAUUGAUGACAGUAAGACUGAAUGAUUUUUGAUCGCAAAUCAUGGCUGAAAAGACAGAGAAAAUAGUGUGCAGUAUUUGUUUAAACGACUUCAGGAACCCUAAAUUAAUCGACUGUCAUCAUACAUUCUGUUUCACCUGUCUUGAAGACUAUAUCAAGAAAGUAUCUGUUAAUAACCGGUUUUCAUGUCCAUUAUGCCGCCAUGAUGUUACCAUUCCUACAGGUGGGGUUUCUGACUUUACUUCUAAUUUUUACAUCCGAACUACCGAAGAUAGUGUGGGCCCAGUUUCUAAGGAUAUGUGUUCAAUACAUCCAAGAAUAGAAAUCAAAUGUUUUUGCAAAGAGUGCUCAGUAGCUGUUUGCUCUGAUUGUUUUGUGAGCAGUCAUAACGGACACCCCUUCUCGGAUUUAAGGGAUGAUCAAGUUCAACAGGGUUUUAUCGACAGAAUGAUAAAACUCAAUCUCCAUGUUCAAAACCGAAUUAAAGAGUUUGAAUUAUAUGCAGAUUCUUUGAAGUCAUUAUUAGCAAAAGUCGACACUUCUGCUGAAAGUGCUUGUAAUGCCGUCGACGAACAAGUUGCUAAAAUCUGCUCAGAAGCAAAGGAAAUAGGAGAAGACACCAAAUUACAGAUUCAAACGUCAAAAGAUGAAGAAAGAAGAAAAUUAACAAAACCCCUAGAAGAGAUGAAAACAUUAAUAGAAAAAAUGAAAGUCAAUCAUAGAAAUUCUGUGGAUGUUAUAAAAGAUAAAUCAAUUGUUCAUGUGGUAAAAAGAAUACAACACGUUACCAAAGAAAAUGACGAAAGUGGUUUGAAAAAGAUGGAUAUACCCAAUGUAAACUGCACAUGGUUUGAAAAAGCAGUGAUUGAUACUGGUAAAACAAUGUUGAUGAAACAACUGGGAACGUUGAUAUAUCAGGAGCAAUCCAUGUUAACCGAUGUUUUCAAAUUUGAUGAAGUUAGUGAAGGAAAGUUGUGUUCUGGUAGUGACCAUAUUAUUAAAGGACAGUCUUGGUUAACAUGUGUUAAGAAGAAAGUGGAAGAAGGUAGUUCAAGUUUGGGAGUGUAUCUUCUCUGGAGAAAGAAAAACAACACAAAUUGUUCUGCAGAAUUUAAGGCCACGUUGAUGAAUUCAACUACUAGUGAAGCAAUAACACAUUCUCUAAACAACACUUACACCUCCGACGGAAUGCCAGGCUGGGGUUGGGCAUCUUUUCUUGACUGGGACACGUUUUUGGAUAAACAAAAUGGUUUCUUGGACGAAAAUAAUAACUUCACAAUAAAAGCAAUUGUCAAAGUAACGAAAGUAGAAGAAUUUUGAACAUUGACAGAAAUUAAUAGAACAAUUUUACCCUAGACUCAGAGUUGUACAAACUCCAAGACUACUUUCAGUUUACGUACAGGAUAGAUUUGAGAUUAGAAGAAUUUUGAACAUCGAGAGAAAUUAAUAGAACAAUUUUACCCUAGACUCAGAGUUGUACAAACUUUCUACUUUCAGUUUACGUACAGGAUAGAUUUGAGAUUAGAAGAAUUUUGAACAUCGAGAGAAAUUAAUAGAACAAUUUUACCCUAGACCCAUGAAUUGUACAAACUCCAAGACUACUUUCAGUUUAUGUACAGGAUAGAUUUGAGAUAGUUAAUAUUGUUGUGAUUUGGUCAGCAUGGCCCUUGUGAUUUUAGUUUUAUAGUUCUGUCUGUGUGCUAUAUAAAUAUAAAACAGAUAAGCAGUCAUAAAUAGGGGAGCUCAGUUGAAUAUAUCUACAGGUCCAGAAAGACAUUGAUUGUUAAUUAUUUUGAAAUGUAAAAUAGACAAAAAUGGGCCUUCAAUCACAUAUUAAUGUACUUAAUGCAAUAUGAAUGUAUAUAAAGUGAUUUAUAUUCAAUUUUUAAAAAGAAAUAUUGUAUAUUAUAAUUUCUAAUCAAGUAUGUUCGGUGAAAUCCAAAUUGAAUGACUGGCGUUUACGCCCACUUAUAUGGGUCUCUAUUAAUCUAUAGAGGCAUUUAAUAGCUGGAUGGUGUAACACUAUCUUAGUGAUAAGGGUAGAUCAGUUUCGUACAAAUAGGGUUUAUUUUAAUUACAUCGGAACAGAACGUUAAACAGAUACAUAAAUACAACAGGGACUAAACUAAAACAGGAAUAUAAACGAUAAAAUUAACAUGGUACGUUAAGAUAACCACCCCGCCCUUCUGUCACGGCAGUGGCUGAACUCGGGUGAGAGUCCAUACGCCGGGCUCCGCUCUCCUCUGCUGCUCUCCGCUCGUCUUCUGUCCCCCUUCUUUCCCUGUCAUUUAACUAAAUUUUUUUAUAUAUUUAUAUAGCACAACAAUUAAAGAAAAUGUAUAAGUUAUCGUAUAUGGAAUUGUCUAUGAUCACGUCAUUGUAUAAGAUGAUCAUAUAUGGAAUUGUCUAUGAUCACGUCAUGGUAUGAUUAACUGACCGAUGCGUAUUUCCUUUGAAGUCAUGCGGAGCUUGUACACAGAUCAUAUGUAGCUUGUAAAUGACACAUGCAGGGGCAGAUCCAGGUUUUUUCGCAGGACGGGGUUUGCCAGGUUCCUGAGACAAUGUAUCCCCCCCCCCCCUCCGCCUUGAAAUGUUUUGAGAAAUACAUGGUCGCUAUCGCCAUUUUGGCGUAUAUACAUACACACUGAGUUUUUGACAUCAAUUUUGACAUUCCGUUUGACAUCAAUUUUGUAUACGGGCGACUAUACCGUAUACCAUGGAAAAACGACUUUGGUUGAUGCAGCACAAAAUGCACAGUGUAUACUUUCUUUUGGGCAUUAGUAUAGAUUCUAAUCGGUUUUAUUUUUAAAUCAGACAUUUCUAA